UUGAGUUUUCUUAAACGUUUUCAACGGUUGAAAAUAACGUUACUGAAGUGAAUAGUGUUUUAUUAAAAAUGAAGUCCGCUAAGUCAAGAACGCGACUAAAUGAUAUGCGAACGCCAAGUAGAAGUAAACAAAACUUAUACCAGGGAGAUCGAGACCCGGUACAUGUUUAUUGCCGAUUGCGCCCGAUGCAGAAUGAAACUGAUAAUUCCUGUAUUAAUAUACUUUCCCCAACAACAGUCCUUAUGGUGCCACCCCCUACAGCAUUGGCCUACCGAAAUGAAAAUAGUAAAACGAUGAAAUACACUUUCAAAGAAGUAUUCCCGCCCAAUUGUAAUCAACAAGAAAUCUUCGAUAAAGUAGCAUAUCCUUUAGUGGAUGGCUUAAUCAAAGGUAAGAAUGGACUUUUAUUUACUUACGGAGUCACAGGGAGCGGUAAAACGUUCACCAUGACGGGUGAUACUCAAAACUGUGGGAUACUUCCGAGAUGUUUAAAUGUUAUUUUUAAAACAAUAAAUGAUUUGCAAGCACAUAAAUAUAUCUUCAAGCCGGAUAGAAUGAAUAUGUUUGAUGUUCAGACAGAAGCUGAAGCUAUGCUGGAAAGGCAGAAAGAAUUACACAAGUUUCGCAGUGGCCGAAAAAAUAAUUCUAAUCCAGAUUUAGUCAUGUCUAGUACAGAUAUAAGUAAGGUAGAUGGUGUUAUUGAAGACAACCAGUAUGCUGUUUUUGUCACUUACAUUGAGAUAUAUAACAACAGUGUUUUUGAUUUACUUGAAGAUGGUCCACCUAGCAAAAGUCUGUCUACAAAAAUGAUUAGAGAAGAUGCAUCUCAUAAAAUGUAUGUUCAUAAUGUAACAGAAGUAGAAAUUAAGUCUGCAGAAGAAGCAUUUGAAACUUUUUAUUUAGGCUUAAAAAGAAAACGUAUGGCUCACACCAAUCUAAAUGCUGAAUCUAGUCGAAGCCAUUCAGUUUUUACUAUUCGCCUGGUGCAGGCACCAGUUGAUGAGAUUGGAGAAGCUGUGAUACAAAAAAAAGAAUUUAUUACAAUAAGUCAACUGAGUCUUGUUGACCUUGCUGGCAGUGAACGGACAAACAGAACACAAAACACUGGAGACAGGCUGCGAGAGGCCAGUAACAUUAAUAAAUCUCUUAUGACUCUAAGAACAUGCUUAGAAAUGUUAAGAGAAAACCAACUUAAUUCUGCAAAAAAUAAGGUACCUUACCGUGAGUCAAGGAUUACUCACUUAUUUAAAAACUUCUUUGAGGGAGAAGGUCAGGUUAGAAUGAUAGUAUGUGCAAAUCCUAGAGCAGAAGAUUAUGAUGAAACACUUCAAGUAAUGCGAUUUGCUGAAGUGGCUGCAGAAGUAGAAGUAGCAAAGCCUCAAAUAACAGAUAUAGCAGCCUCUAUUGGUUUGAUGUCUGGUCGUAGAAAAGCUAACAGAUUAUUUAACAUGGCUCGUGAUAAGUUAGAAAAACCUGAAGCUAAAGAUCUGGAAUUGGACUUAGGUCUUGUUUAUAGUCUUGGUCCAGACUUCCCUAGCCUGGAAUUGAAUAGCUCCCAGGCAGCUCAUAUUACUAAAGAAUUAAUGGCGCACUUGGAAAUGCGUAUUAAUCGUCGAGAAACUCUACGAAGAACUUUAGCUCUCAAAGACGAAAAAUUCCGUUCAGCCCUACUUGAACUUCAAAAAGAGGUUCUAGAACUGAGAAGUGAAAACGCAUCAUUAAAUGCUCAGUUGUCUACAGAAAAACGUCGUAAUCAUGCUUUUGAAGAACGCCUUACCCGGUCAGAAAAUGAGGUCAUAAAUUAUCAAAAAAAACUAACAGAAAUGACUGAGUACUCAUCAUCCUUAAAACGUGAGAUGCAAGAAAAGGAUCUUUUACUAAACCAAAAUAAGCUAGACAAGGCAAAGCAAAAGAAGCUCUUGGAACGAAAAUAUCAGCACAAAAUGGCUGCAGAACAUGAAAAAGCUAAAGAAAUUAUAUCAGAAAAAGAACGAUUGGAAAAUGCAAAUGAAGAAAAAGAAAAUAGGCUUCGAAUAAUUGAAAAUGCUUUAAAAGGUGAAAAGCGUUUAGAUACUGGGGCACAAACAAGUGUGAGGGACUUUACUCCUGGUUCUACACCUCGGGCCCUUCCCGCCCAUUUACUCUCACCAUUCAUUGCACAAUCAAAAGAUUCCCAAACAUCACGCUCCAGACGUGGUGUAGCCAUUGCAAAUCCGCGCCACCGCAGAUCUUUAUCAGCAGAUGGCAAAGGAUGGGUAGAACAUGCUCCAAACAAACUUGUUCCCAUGGGCACAGUAAUGAAACCAAGCAUUGGUAACAGUAAGCUUGUGAAUAAACUAACUAAUGUUAAAGAUAUUGCCAACACAAAGACAUCUAAAUAUUGCUUGAUAUCUCAAGAGCAAGAUACAGAUGGAGAAUUAGAAACAAAAUUGUAUAAAGGAGAUAUUGUACCAACAUGUGGUGGUGGGGCGCAGGUGAUAUUUAAUGAUGUUGAGAUGCUUAAGCAGUUUUCACCAACUAACGAAAGAGAAUCAUCUUCAAACAGAACUUCAGGAUGUGCAAGACAUUCAGGGAAAAGAAGAGACACUGGUUGUUCACCACCUCCGACACCAUCAACAGUCAAGAAACAGAGGGACAUAAGUAUUGCGGCCUAUUAAUAACACCAUGGGCAAGUACAAUCCACCACGCAGGCCCAGUUUGGAUUGGUGGAAAAAUAUUGCUCUUGUAUUUUAAACAUUUGUUAGGAUUUCUACACAUUCAUCAUUUUCAGGAAAUCAAAACAUCCCCAAAAAAUUAAACACAUUAAAUAUAAUAAAAAUAGGACUGACCCAUCUGAAAUAAUUUAACAUAAAACAAUAUUAUUAACAGACUUCAACUUUUAUUUCCAUGUUUUUUUAUCUUAAUUAUGAAUGAAUGAACCCUGUCAUAAUAUAAAAUUCCCUGUAGAUGAAGCGGACUUUUCCUCACAACAAUCCAAAUUAUGUGCCUACUAAUCUCUUUUUAGUUUUUAUGUAAAAAGUGGUCCUAUUUAUAUUAAACUAAUAGUUUCACAAAUAUGCACCAUAUUUUGGACUUAAUUAUUUUAGAAAAUUGUAAUGUAGUACUUAAUUAGGUUUAAUGUCGGUAAGGUAUAUAAUAAUAUAUUUUUAGAUUUAUUAGUUUUACAUAUAUUUGACUCAAUUAACAACUUUCAAAUACUACUCAAAUAGUACUCUUAAUAUGUUAAAAAUUUCGCAUUGAAAACGACUAAAUAUGACAACUAUACUAUACUAAAAAACAACUUUCUCGAAUGACAGCUUCUUUGCUUUAAGUUUCAAUGAUAUGAUCAAGAUAAUAUAUUGAUGAGAUUAGUAUGAAAAUUGGUAUGUAUCAUAUCAUCUACGAUGUCCCCAAGCUUAUUAAAGUUUGGCCUAGCGGUUUAGUGUAAAACCCGCUUCUGAUAGUUCAAUAACUACGUAUAAUUAAUUAUUAGACUAAAUACAAAACCGUUCAGUUCUUUAGAAUACACUUUUAGUUUAUUGUAAUUGCGAAUGUAAUCGCGCAUUUUUUUUAUAAUAG